AGAGGAAGAGAAACAAAAUAAUUAAUGAGAAAAUAAAUAAAUAAAUAAAUAAAAGAGUGCAAAAAAGGAAAAUCGAAAAUAAAGCCAGAAUCUUCGCAUUAAUCAAUAAUUAGGUUUUCUUCUUCUUCUUCUUCAACUCACAAUUCCAUACAUUUAGAUUCCCCUUCUUUUAACCCUAAUUAUAAGACACAGUGAGACUACUUUUCAUAAGCGUCGACCAUCGUGCAUUGGUGAUUGGAGGUGGAUUUUUCUUCACUCUCCCCUUCCAAUCACACUUUGGAUUCGAUGGGUUAUGCUUUUGUUUGAUUCGCAAGGGGAAGAGCAACCCACCUAGAUCUUAACUUUGUCCUUUUUCUUUCUUUUUUUUUUGUGGGGGGUUUUUGGAAUUGAGUUUCUUAGGGUUUAGUUUUUCUUUUUUGCUUGUGUUAUUGUGAUGUUGAAGGUAGUGGCAAUGGCGGCAUCGGCGCUGGUGGGCAUUUGAGUGAGAGGCAUUCGUUAUGUUGUUGUCGAAGAAACAAGGCAUAAUUCGCUUCUUUUUCAAGGAGAUGGCUGCUCUUACAAUUCCCAGCGACGCUUUUUUCUACAGAGGAUUUCAAAUCGACCCCUCCUCUUCUUAUUCUUCUUCUUCGGAGCAAUCUAACUUCACCAUUCCACUUUCGUCGCGUUAUUAUAGUACUUCUUCGUCUGUGAGAGGUUGCUUUGAUUCAGAUUCUCUUACUAAUCACAACAAUAAUCGCAACCCUCGUGGUCGUUCACUCCAUACUAAUAGUAGUAAAGCCAACAAUGGGGGUCGUCUAAGCAGUGGCUUUGAUCACCAUAAGGCUCAAUUCGUUCGUGAUUUGGAAUUGGAGGGCUUUUCUGCAUUGCAAGACUUUCGUACCACUGAUGCUCGUACCGUGGCCCCAAAUGGAAGUGACACAGCUUCAUACGGGCGUAGCAAGCUUCUUGGAUUUCCUAACCAUUCUUUGCCCCGUGAAAAAAUUGCUGUUGCGGUUGAUGUAGACGAGGUUCUGGGAAACUUUGUGUCGGCUUUGAACAGGUUUAUUGCGGACCGUUAUUCUUCAAACCAUUCAGUUUCGGAAUACCAUGUGUAUGAGUUCUUCAAGAUAUGGAACUGCUCCCGGGAUGAAGCUGAUAUUCGUGUACAUGAAUUCUUUAAGACACCGUAUUUCAAGACUGGGAUCCACCCUCUUCCAGGUGCUCAGAAAGCGAUUCACAAGCUAUCAAGAUUCUGUAGCCUUUCUGUUGUGACGUCUAGGCAGAAUGCCAUUAAGGACCACACGAUCGAGUGGAUUGAGGAACACUUUCCAGGUCUUUUUCAGGAGAUUCACUUUGGCAACCAUUUUGCUCUUAAUGGAGCUUCAAGGCCUAAGUCUGAUAUAUGCAGAUCUUUAGGAGCCAAAGUUUUAAUUGAUGAUAAUCCUAGGUACGCCAUCGAGUGUGCUAAUGUUGGAAUAAGGGUACUACUUUUUGAUUAUGAGAACUCCUAUCCUUGGUGCAAAAUCAAUUCUAUUGAUGAACACCCUCUUGUGACCAAAGUUCAUAACUGGGACGAAGUGGAGCAACAACUUAACACACUGGUUUUUCAUUAGUUAUAUCAACAACUCAAAGGAUCCAGAAGAAGUAGAACGAUUAUCCAAUGAUUUUUAUGCCCAGAAAUUCUUAGUGGAGACAGCGGGAGUAGAAUGGUCUGGAAAUUUGGCUUAAAGAAAUUAUGAUAACUAAAAUAUCAGGGAUGUCCGAUUUUGGACGUGACAGAGAUAUCAUAAUUUACUUUUAUUACUUUUUUUUUUUUACUUUUAUUACUUAAUGCUUCUAUUAUUUGUUUGGGUCAGACAUAAUUAAUAUGGAAAAAUUGUGGCUGGCCCAGUUGAAAAUGCUUCUCUGUAAUCUCCAUUUUCAGGGAGAUUCUGGUAAUAAUAUGGAGUAAUGUACAUAUUCAAUCAAUUGUUUACAUUCACGAAA